UUUGCUCGUUGGCAGUCGUAGUCGUCGCCGCCUGUUGUUGCCGCUGAUCUGCCGUCGCGUUCUUGCGUUUUUGCGUUUCUGCGUUUCUGCGCUUCUGCGUCGAACGAUCCGUAUGAUCCGUCGCGGGCUCGAUAGUGAUUCGUAUGAUUCGAAUUGAUUUCAAUUUGAUUUGAUUUGAUUUAUGCGCCAAAACGGAGCUUGAAAAUCGUGUUUUAUAAAUAAUAUGCACAUAUGUUAAAGUGAUAAAGGAGAAUGCAAUUCCGAGAGAGUGCUAACAAGUGCCAGUGCUGAGAAAAGUGCCUCCUCGCCGAGCUGCGAAAAGGAUUUACGCGCACCCCAAGUUCCAUUACAUCGGAACCAGAACCUGAAACGAACUGAACUGAGAGUUAACUGACAAUUAACCAUCGUACAAUAAUACAAAAUAGCCCACAACUAUAGCUGAUCAUUGCCAUCGGAUCGCUGCGAACUUCCUUCCCGCGCGCAUCCCCCCCAAAAAGCCGUCAAAAUUCUUGAUAAAGUGGCCUCAAUAGGCGCCAACACGCUUAAUUUCACGGACCUAGGGAGCCCCUACGAGGGGCCUCCCAGCACCCCCCAGUCGGGCAUGGACGCCCCCGACGCGCCCCACACGCCCAAGUACAUGGACGGCGGAAAUACGGCGGCCAGCGUAACGCCCGGCAUCAAUAUCCCCGGAAAGUCCGCCUUCGUGGAGCUGCAGCAGCAUGCCGCCGCCGGGUACGGCGGCAUUCGGAGCACCUAUCAGCAUUUCGGACCGCAGGGCGGCCAGGACUCCGGCUUCCCGAGUCCGCGCAGUGCCCUCGGCUACCCGUUCCCGCCCAUGCACCAGAACUCCUACUCCGGCUACCACCUGGGCAGCUACGCCCCGCCCUGCGCCAGUCCACCCAAGGAUGAUUUUUCCAUCUCGGACAAAUGCGAGGACUCCGGCCUGCGAGUCAACGGCAAGGGCAAGAAGAUGCGAAAGCCCCGCACCAUCUACAGCUCGCUGCAGCUCCAGCAGCUCAACCGCCGCUUCCAGCGCACCCAAUACCUGGCCCUGCCCGAGCGGGCGGAGCUGGCGGCGAGUCUGGGCCUCACGCAAACGCAGGUGAAAAUCUGGUUCCAGAACCGGCGGUCCAAGUACAAAAAGAUGAUGAAGGCGGCCCAGGGACCGGGCACCAAUAGCGGUAUGCCUUUGGGCGGCGGAGGACCCAAUCCCGGCCAGCAUAGUCCCAACCAGAUGCACAGUGGCGGUAAUAACGGCGGUGGCUCGAACAGCGGUUCACCCUCACAUUAUCUACCUCCCGGACACAGUCCAACGCCAUCGAGUACACCCGUGUCCGAGCUUUCACCUGAAUUCCCACCAACGGGCCUCAGUCCACCGACGCAAGCGCCGUGGGACCAGAAACCCCACUGGAUCGACCACAAGCCGCCGCCCCAAAUGACGCCACAGCCACCUCAUCCAGCGGCAGCACUUCAUCCGCAGACGCACCACCACAAUCCGCCGCCCCAGAUGGGUGGCUAUGUGCCCCAGUAUUGGUAUCAGCCCGAGACGAAUCCCUCACUAGUGACUGUUUGGCCGGCGGUCUAACAGCAUCCCAACCAGCUGCCCUCGGCUGCCUGGACUCAGCACCAGCUGAGCCUGGAGCAGCAGCACCACCACCACCACCUGGGCCACCAGGACACCCAGCAGCACCUCCUCCAGCGGCAGGACCUCGCCGGCGGGGCCUUCGAGGGCGGCAGCGGCAUUGGAGGCGGGGGCGUGGCCUUGCAGCACACAAUAUCUUAGCCAAUAAACCAUGAUAGCAACCUGUAAAAUAUCCAUGAAAAUGUUGAGAAAGCAUGCGAGAGAGCACUGGCAAGUUAAGCGUAAAGUUUUGUACAUUUCAAGCGUAAUAUAAUAUAUAUAUAUAUAUAAAUAUAUUUACCAACGUGAAUAAAGUCGUUCUAAAAUGUAGUCUAGCUAAGAACAGAAAAACACACAAAAACAAAAAUAUACUUAAAUUACAAAACAGUAAACAUUCCUCAAUCACAGAAGCAAGGAGAGAGUAAGAAACGUGUCCUUUAAUUUUGUUUAAUUUAGCAAAUUAACUAUGUAUAAAUCUAUCUAUAUGAACGUAAACUAUAUGUAGUGAGCAACAACAAACAACAAAGUAUAAAUGAGUAAAAAAGUAAAUCAUAAAUAAAUGAAAUCAAACAAAAUGAAAAAAAUCAGCUGUUGAUCUUAAGAGUUUCUUUCGAGCGUUUUUUGUUCUUGAGCAGUAGGAAAGUCGAAAAGAACGAGCAACAGAAAUCAGUAAAAUCAGAUCUCAAAUGCUAAAGGAAUAAUCCUCUUAAUUCUUUUAAUAUUUUUCCAUUCUCCUAUAUUUUUGUUUGUAAUUUUCCCCUUUUUUUUGCACCUAGAAGAGGAGCCCAGUUUCGUUCUUUUAUUGUGCAAUAUUAUCUUAUUUACCAACUUGUUGGCCUCAAUUGCAAAGGGAGUUGACCAAUCAAUUGCUUAAAGUGUACAUUUUGUAUAGACCGCAUUUUAAAAUAGAGUCUCCUGGUGCAUCGAGUGCAUCAAAUGUCAAGGGAAGCCCCAUUUUAACAAUCGAAAUUCGACUCGCUGCUGAGCUUGCUGUAGCUGUAAUUACGGAUUAACAUAAUCUAGUUUAAGCGGUAAUUAGUGCGUGUGUUUCACUCUAGUUUAAUUUAACCACAGCCAGAGCUAAAGGAAAUAAUUGAUAGUUUAACAACUGAGAAACUAAAGUGCGGGUGAGAGUGCGUAAAUGAGUGAUUGAGUGCGCGAUUGAAUGGAAAACGAUGUAAACAGAAACAAUAAAUUACAAAAACACAAAAACAAAUUUACGAAAAAUGCAUUAACAAGAUGGCGUAAGAAAUGAAAACAAUAUGUGCUAGCAUUUAAUUAAUUAGUUUUAAUCUAGUAAAUGGCAACACAAAAUCACAGAAGAAGCCUAGCGAUUCCCCUUUUUCCUUUCCCCAACCCCCCAACCAUUUAAUUUUUAGUAAUUAAUGUAAUUUUUAAAUCAAAUCAAACAAAAGAAAA